AUGAGACUUCUCAACACUACAACCCUCAGACUUGAGCAGUUCCUCAACAUCAUGCCCCAAUAUGCCAUUCUAUCACACACAUGGGGAGAACAGGAGGUCACCUUCAAUGACAUCUCGAGCUCUGCGCGAACAUCGCUCAAGGCCUGGCAAAAGGUCAAGAACUAUUGCAAACUCGCACGAUCCCAGGGAUGGCAGUACGUCGGGAUCGACACGUGUUGCAUCAACAAGGCCGACAGCUAUGAAUUUGGAGAGGCCAUCAACUCCAUGUUCCGCUGUGAUGGAAAGUCACGGCCUCGCAAUUCCGAGGUGGUCCAAAGUCGCUGGUUCACGAGGGGAUGGACUCAACAGGAGCUGCUUGCUCCGCCGUUCUUGGCUUUUGUUGACUCAGACUGGAACAUCGUUGGCUCCAGGGAAACGUGCACACUUGCAGUAGCAUAUGCAACCACGAUCGAACAAAAGGAUAUCCAGAAUUUUAGGUCGUGUUCCAUAUCAACAGAGCUCUCGUGGGCUUCUAAACGCCAGACAACAAAGAUCGAGGACAGGGCUUAUAGUAUGAUGGGUCUCCUAGGCGUUCACAUGCCCCUCCUCUAUGGUGAAGGCAAGAAUGCGUUUGUUCGCCUCCAGCACGAGCUGAUACGUCUGUUCAACGAUGAAACGGUGCUUCUCUGGACUACCCGAAAAGGGUCAGUAUUCUCCACCAAUACACGCUCAUUUGCUGAACGCAUGGGGGGACGAGGCCGAUAUCCUGAGUGGAUGGUACGGGAGAGCUUGUUUGCAGAAUCUCCCGAAGCAUUUUCUGAAUCCAACGGGCUGGCAGUCAUUCGUUUUCAUAAAGGGCUCAGGAAUGUCGGCAUCUCCAAUGACGGCAUCAGCCUCAAAGUUGAACUCUUUCAACGAUUCGAAGACGAAGGUUCAAAAUAUCAGCAGCGGCUUUCGAAUUCACGAACCCCAGCUCUCUACGCGAUCAAAUUAAACUGCGCGCGGACCAGCAAGCCAGACGACCCUAUGAUCUUGCCCUUGGCCGCCACCGGCAUUGGACAUCCCGUCUACGAGGUACUGAGAACUUGA